CCCCCCACCCCCAAUCGCCAAGUGGCCGAGCCGGAGGGACCCCCACGCCGGUGGUUUUUCUUCGCCCCUCUCUGAGGGAUGGUUGUUAUGUUCCCAGCCCUAGGAGGCGGGCUGCUUCUCGAGCUCCUCCGCUUUCGCAGCCCGCUUGACUCGGCUUCCUGGCGACCGUGCCUGAGCCCGCGAUGAGGACCUGGGCAGGAUUUUGGCUCAUGGGCUUUGGCUACUUUGCGCUGGCGAUCUCGGAGGAAGCUGAAAUUCCUCAAGAGGUUAUCGAAAGACUGGCUCACAGCGAAAUCCACAGCAUCCGUGACUUGCAGCGCCUCCUGGAGAUAGACUCCGUAGGAUAUGAUGAUGUCUCAGAGACCAAUUUGAUAUCACACAGUAUUCACGUUGCCAAACACGUGCAAGACAAUCGCCCGAGACCCAUUCGUAGGAAAAGAAGCGUCGAGGAGGCCAUUCCGGCUGUCUGCAAAACACGGACCGUUAUAUACGAGAUCCCUCGGAGUCAGAUCGACCCGACGUCAGCAAACUUCCUGAUAUGGCCCCCGUGCGUGGAGGUGAAGCGCUGCACGGGCUGUUGCAACACCAGCAGCGUGAAGUGUCAGCCGUCACGGAUACACCACAGAAACGUCAAGGUGGCAAAAGUGGAAUAUGUUAGAAAAAAGCCAAAAUUAAAAGAAGUCCUGGUGAAGCUAGAAGAGCACAUGGAAUGCACCUGUACGUCGUCAAAUUCUAAUUCAGAUUUUCGAGAAGAAGAAACCGAUGUAAGGUGAAAAUAAGCUAGAAAACAUUUCUCUCUGGGACAUGGAUGUACAUUGUUUGUUACAUUCCUGAACCUACUGUGUAUGGUGCUUUAUUGACUAUAUACUUCGUUCAUUCUCCUACGUGGGGGGAAAACUGGCUUAAAAAGAGAGAGAGAGAGAGAGAGAGAGAAAGAGACUUCACAAGAACAAAAGAGACAAUGUACAUUUGUUUAAUACGGCAUCAAAGCAAGUAUUGUAGCACUCUACGAAACAAUACGAAGUUUCCCUGUCCCCCCCAAAAAAGAGACUAAAAGAAAAGAUGACAUGAAUGGAGGAUACCAAAAGUACUCCAGCAACAUGGCGAGAAAACACUAAGUUAAGAACAGAUUUCGUCUUAGAACAGCAGUCAAUGGUGCUUUUUUUCCGUUUGUUUUUGUCAAGAAAUGUGCCUGCAUUCUUGAUGAAGAUGGAUGGACGCUGAUGGAUGGACGCUGAUGGACGGACACUGAUGGACAGACACUGAUGGAGUUUAGGCACACACACAAAAAAGAGCAGGAAUGUAUCAAAUGCCACAGCAGACACUUAGAAACAGUGUGAUUUUUGCUUGGCGGUGUUUUAAAGUCUAUAAAAAAAAUCCUUCUGGGGAGCCUUAAGUGGAUGUUUUUUUGUUUUGUUUUGUUUUUGGUUUUUUUUUUUUUUACACCAUAAAGUUAUUAUUAAGCUUUCUUUUUACUCUUUGCCUAGCUUUUUAUUAUCUCUUUGGACUACAUUUACCAAUAACCCAUAUAGAAGACUGCUGUAGUGAGGAUGAAACGGGACACAGAGACAAAUAUGGAAUUUCUCCUAGCGGGAUGCAAACUAAAGAGAUGUAUUAAAAUAAAAAUGGUAUACCUAUGCAUAAUUUUCUAAAUGUUUCUUGGUUUAUGUCCACCUCCAUUUCGAUACCCAUUAUUUAAAACAGUGGUUUUCAAAGUAUUACCAGAGGUUUUCUCAGUAAGAACAGUAAUGGUAGAUGUGCUUCACUGAAAGAAAACAUGUCCACCAUUACUGAUCAAUCCCUACAGCAGGGAUGAACAGAAAGUAGACCUCCACGUGUUUUGGACUUCAGUUCUCAGUGUUCCUGACCAGUGGCUGUACUGGCAGUGGCUUCUGGGAGUUGAAGUCCAAAGAUCUGGAGACCUACCUUCUGUCCAUCCCUGGAGGGAGGAGAUCAGAAGGGGACGUUGGACACAUUCUAGGACACUUUCUAUUUAAUGUAAUGGGUCUGCAAGUAGGACCCAACCGUGAAGGCUGGGUUUUUGUGUGAGUUCGAGUGUGCCCUAGAAUGUACCCAGAAUCCUUUGCAAAAGUUCUAUGGCUCAUACACAGGGAGAGUGGUUUCCCGAGGACAGUAAGUUUGAAAGUCACUGUUUUAAAAAAAACAUUACAAAAGACAACUGAUGUGUAUAAGCGACCGUAGGCUAUAUGCAAACAGAAAUGAUCUUUUCUUUUCUUUUAGACUAAUACCAGCUGCCCACGAGUGGUAAUGUGGUAGCAAUUGCUAUUCUCCUCCAUAAAUGAAUCCCUUUUUGCUAUUUCACACGUUUAAACUAUGUGAGAUGUAAAAACUCUUCUUGUUAUCCGUAUUGUAUGAUGUCACUGUGGCAUGGGGGCAACCCUGCCGGAAAGCCUAAAAUUCUUUAUUUUUGGUAUUAAAAAAAUAAUUAUGCUUUAUGUGUAUUCAACAAAAUAAGUGGUUUUUUUUUUUUGUAAUGGUGAAGUUUGUAUUUUUUAAUCUAAAAUUAAUGGUUUUAUAUACCCGAGAAAGCCUGCUAUGUUUU